AUGGAAUUUUAAUAUAAAAAAAAAUCAAUAGCUAUUAAAAAAGAAAUUAAAUUAUCAUUAGAAAUAACAAAUCAUUUAAUUAAUAUAUUAAAUGAUUAUGAGUAACAUCUUUAAAUUACUUCAUCUGAUUAGGGAACAGAAUUCAAAUUCAAAUUAAUAAUUAAAGAAAAUAAAACAACUGAUGGAUCAUUAGAAUAGUUCACUAUUGGUUUUAUGUUAAAAUAAAAAAGUAAAAAAACUGUUAAAAAUGAAAUCAAUAAUGAUUAAACACAUAAUAAUUCUAUUUUGAUUAAACCAAAAUCAUUAUCACUAUUUAAUUCUUCAAAAGUUAUACGUGAACCAUCAGCAAAUACUCCAAUUAUUUAUCCAAUUAAUUAACCAAAAACUUUUAAAACACCUUCUACUUUAAAAAGGGUUAGAUCAUCUUUUGCAAAUAGAAUUUUGAUGGAUUUUGAUCAGAAAAUUUUAAUUGUAGAUGAUGAACCUUUUAAUCAUGAUACAUUGAUUUUAAUGAUGAAGAAUAUGGGUUAUAAAUAAUUUCUAAAAGCAUAUAAUGGACAAUAAGCAAUUGAUUUAGUUAAGGAGAAAUAAGGUGAAAUUUCCAUAAUUAUUAUGGAUUUAGAUAUGCCUAUAAUGGGAGGAAUGGAAGUAUUAUUAUAAUAUAAUUAUUAAGGCUACAAGAAUUUUAGUAGAUAUGAUGUUAGAUUAAAAAUUAGAUUACAUACCAAUAAUUGGUUGCACUGCUCAUGAUGAUAAAGAAACAAUAGAUAAAUGUAUUUAAGUUGGUAUGCUUUAUGUUGUAAUGAAACCAGUAUUUGUUAAAACACUAAGAGAAGCAUUUUAAUAAAUAACUAAUAUAGAAGAUGGCAGAAAAAGAUCAUUGGUAUGUUUCACUUCUUAAUUACAAAUAUGA